CUUUCCUCAUCGCGCAAAAUCCAUAGUCCAAUACUGCAGACUGCACCUUAGGUUGAGCAAUGACUUCACCUAGUUAUUAAUACUCUCCUAAAACAUAUCAAUCUAUCAAAGUCAUUGAAGAUGUCGUUGCUUCGAACCACUCUGCUGACGUUGGCUUGCGGGCUCUCAUUCUCUAAUGCUCUUCACAACCACGAUGGAGCCUCACAGAAACUCGAGGGCCUUCGUACAGGCUCAAAGAAGGUAGCGGUCAUCGGUGCCGGAGCUGGCGGAGCAUCUGCAGCAUACCAUUUACGACAAAACGCCCUCGAACGCAACCUCGACGUCGACAUCACCGUCUUCGAACGCUCUCCCUAUGUGGGGGGCCGUUCCACCACCGUCUACGCCUGGGACGCCCCCAACGUCCCCAUCGAGCUCGGCGCCUCUAUAUUCGUAUCUGUGAACAGCAUUCUUGUUGAUGCUGUCAACAAUUUCAACCUGUCCAUCGAUAACAAGGACUCGUUGCGCACAGCAGAUAGCCCCGAGUUGGGCAUCUGGAACGGAGACGAAUUUGUGUUGCAGACACCAGCGCACAAUGGGUGGUGGGACAUCGCGAAGCUAUUGUGGCGGUACGGGCUAGCGCCUAUCAAGACGAACAGGCUUAUGAAGUCGACGGUGGGGAAGUUUUUGAAGUUGUACGAGGAACCACAGUUCCCAUUUGCGUCGCUCACGGACGCGGUGUAUGAUGUGGGGUUGGCGCCUGUCACGGCUAGCACGGGAGAACAGUACCUGAAGGAGAAUGGGAUUGGGGUGAAGUUUGCGGACGAGGUUAUUCAGGCAAGCACUCGAGUCAACUAUGCUCAGAACCUUCCUCUCAUACACGGCUUGGAGACCAUGGUCUGUAUGGCCACCGAUGGCGCUAUGGCUGUGGAGGGCGGUAACUGGCAGAUCUUCGAUAACAUGGUCCAAGCCUCGAAAGCGGACGUACGAUUGAACACUACCGUCCAAACCAUCUCGAAGCAAGCCGACGGCACCUACAUCCUGAAGUCCGCAUCUGUCUCAAAUGAGGAAGCCUCAAACGCCGGAGAAACGUUUGACGACAUCGUCCUCGCCACCCCCUAUCAAUUCUCUAGCAUCAAGUUCUCUCCCGAGCCAGAACACACUCCGGACACCAUCCCUUAUGUUCGCCUCCACGUGACCCUCUUCGCAUCUCCACUCACCCUCAGUCCUAAGGCCUUCAACCUGGCACCAAGUGCCAUUGUUCCCACUUUUAUCCUCACUACUCUCCCACCUGACGAAUCUGUUGGCACCGAUCCCAACGGUGUUGGCAAACCCGGCUUCUUUAGCAUCAGCAAUGUUGCCGAAUCUUGGAACCCCACCACCGGUGCUCCAGAAUACAUCUACAAGAUCUUCAGCCCCGCUCGCAUCAACUCAACCUUUUUGUCGCAUAUCCUCGGCACUGCCCCACCUGACCAGGAAGUCGAGGAGCUGGGCCAAGGCUUUGUAAGCUGGAUAUACAGAAAGGAGUGGGACAGCUAUCCAUAUGAGUACCCGCGCGUCACUUUUGAGGAGAUUAAGCUCGAUGAGGGGCUGUGGUAUACGAGUGGGAUAGAGUCAUUCAUCAGCACGAUGGAGACGAGUGCUCUGAUGGGGAAGAACGUUGCUGGGCUGAUUGUGGAUGCAUGGGCGAAGGCCGAGGCCAAUGGAGAGAAGAAAGUAGAAGGAAAGCCAAUGCCGAAACCCAAGGGCGGACCGGCUAAGAUUCAGGCUAUUCUAGAGGCGAGUAAGGAGAGGGAGAAGGAGAAGGCGGUUGAGGAGGGGCAAGACUUGUGAAUUGGUUUACACCUGCGGGCAGGAUGCAGAUGGUUUUCGCGGCACGGUACAUAGUUCCUUAACACUUGGGUGUUCUUAGCAUUAAUGAUUAAAGCACGGAG